AUGGCCGUCAGCGAGGUCCAGAUCUUUCAACUGGGCGUCGAGGCUCAAUUCAGGCGCUUGACUGUGAGGGAAAAGCGAUAUGCGCACCACAUGGCUCGUGCUGCCUGGUUUGGAGCGAGAAUCAUUCUUCGACAAGUCUCUCCAGAGUCACCGGCAAUCUUCGACUUCAUUCUCGAACUGCAUCGCACAUGCUCUGGAAACUGGGAUGCCCUCAUUGGAUCGGACAUUAGCAGCGAGCAUCUCCAUAGCUUCCUGACAUAUGCUGCAACGUUCUUGUCAAACGUGGGCAACUAUUUUGGCUCUGGAGAUCAAAAGUUUAUCCCUGGUCUGGAUGACAAAGUUCUCCGAAAACUCGCGGCAAGAUCUCCUAGACUGUCCAGACUAUACGAGGAGAUGUCGUCCAUCAACUCUAUGCCCCCUUACAGUCUUGGUUAUCCUAGCCAGACCACCCAAAGUAGUUAUUAUCCUGGAAAUAACAUCACAGAGAAAGAAGUUGCCAUGGUAUCCAAGGUUCUCGAACAAAACUCCAUCUUUCCAGAAAACACUAGGAUAAGGAAAGCGGAGAAUGGAAGCGACUUUGAGGUCCUACUUGCCUCCGUACGGAGCGGCAAUAUUGUGCAGGCUUUUCCCCUCCCAGACGGAAAGGGUUCAGUCAAGCUUGUCCGGGGGGAUCAUUCCUCUGAGCUAGAACGCAUCUGUGCCGAACUCUCGGAAGCAAUCAAGUACGCGGCCAACGACCGGCAGAGAGACGUUCUUCGCGCCUACGUCGAAAGCUUCCAAACCGGCAGCCUGGACGCAUACCGCACGUCGCAGCGAGUUUGGGUCCGUGACAAGGCGCCGAGGGUGGAAAAUAUCUUUGGCUUCGUCGAACCAUAUCGUGAUCCUCAAGGAGUACGAUCGGAAUUCGAGGCUCUGGUAGGCAUUGCCGACGACGAAGAGACCAAACUCCUUGCCAAACUGGUCGACAACUCGGCGAAAUUCAUCCGUCGACUACCGUGGGCUGGACCAGAGAAUGAUGGCAAAGGAUUGUUCGAAAAAUCCCUCUUCGAGCCUCCAGACAUUUCAAGCAUCCACACCCUUGCAUACUGCUCGAGCAUCAUUUUCCCAGGAAUCAACCUACCGAACUACAAUGACAUCAGACAGGAAGACGGCUUCAAGAACGUGAUUGUUGCCAACCGAAUGGUUGCUGAAAGUCAAGCAAAACAUCAUCUUUUCAUCGAUUCUUCCGAGAUGGAGCAAUUCAAAGAGCACAAAUUCCCUGCCUACUACUGGUGGGUUGUGCUUCACGAGCUCCUCGGCCAUGGAACGGGGCGAAUGAUGGUUGAGCUCGACGACGGGGAACACAACUUCGACAUUCAAGACCCACCAAUCAAUCCCAUCACCGGAGAGCCCAUCGUGUGCUGGUACAAGCGUGGCCAGACGUGGACCGGGCAGUUUGCUGACCUGGCGACUACGGUAGACGAAUGCAGAGCCGAGCUUGUCGGGGCCUAUCUCAUGGACGAUCCGGAGCUUCUGGAGCUGUUUGGCUUCCACCAGACAUCGGCAAUUCAAGCCGUUGAUAUCACCUACAAUCUCUAUCAGCAGCUGGGGGUUGAUGGCCUUCGGGGGCUUUCGAACUUCAAUGUCGACAGCAGGAAAUGGGGCCAGGCACACAGUCGAGCUCAUUUUGCUAUCCUCAAGUGUCUGCUCCUCGAUGGCGGGGACGUCGUGACAGUCACCCACCACAAGCCAACACAAAGCCUGACGGUGCGGGUCGAUAGGUCCAAGAUUGCUACGCAUGGGAAGCCAGCGCUUGGCAGGAUGCUCUUGCGGCUACACAUGUAUCGGUGCACGGCUGACGUGGAAGGCUGUCGCGCGUACUAUGAAGAGCUUUCCAGGGUCGACGGCGAAUAUGUCGAGUGGCGAGAGGCCGUGCUGGCGAACAAACCUCCUCCGUCCCUCUUCGUGCACGGAAACACCUUCCUGGAUGGGGACACUGUCGCUCUCAAGGAAUAUGAGCCAACAAUCAAAGGCGUCAUCAAGAGCUGGGUGGAGCGUGAGGUGUGA